AUGAUCUCAAAUACGAGCGCCAUCGCUGAAGUGUUUUCUCGUAUUGACCACAAGUUUGACCUGAUGUAUGCGAAACGUGCGUUUGUUCAUUGGUUUGUUGGUGAAGGAAUGGAGGAAGGUGAAUUUUCAGAGGCACGUGAGGAUUUAGCGGCAUUAGAGAAGGACUACGAGGAAGUAUCAGCUGAGACCGCUGAAGCCAAGCGCGAAGUUGUGUUAACCAGAGGAAGCACCGAUCAAUCGUUAAAAAGGAUAAAAACCAUUGCAGACCACGAUAAUGAUUCUACUUUUGGUCCAUGUAGCCCAUGCGAACGACUGAAGCAUCCACACGGUGUAAAGCCCAUCGGCAAUUUUUUUGAGGACACGAUCAAUGGCGUCAUGGAGUGUCGCACAUCUGGUCUGGGUCGCCUUGCCAUGUUGCAAGAUAGUCAGCUGCUGUUGCUGCUAAAUCAUCUAUCAGCAAAAGACUUAGCAAUCUUGGCAGCUUGUAGUCGUUCAGCGUAUGUGUAUAGUAUGCAUGACGAGCUGUGGCGAGUGUUGGUGCUCGAAGAAAUGAAGGGAAAUUUUAUACCAAAUCAAACGUGGCGAGCCACGUAUGUAAUGACUAAAUUUGGGGAUAAAAUGAGGACAGGAAAUCCAAUACGAGUCCAAGGAGUUUAUUCCGACCUACUGUUUCAGUCAUUUUACUGCUCUGUGGCGCCAAUUGAUGACGCAUGGCUCGCUGUGGAUAAUAUUCAGCGUCGUAGUGCUAAGACUAUGACCGUUGCGGAUUUCAAAAGCAUGUUCGAACGUCCAAAUGUACCAGUGAUUAUUACUGAUGCUAUCAAUGAUUGGGCAGCAUUACACAAGUGGACGGAUAAUUAUCUGAGUCAUGUUUGUAAAGAAAAGACGUUGUAUGCUGGUGGAUUCCAGUUUCCAAUCGAGAAGUAUUUUGAUUAUUGUCGAACAUUACUGGACGAUCAGCCACUUUUUGUGUUCGACAAAGAGUUUGCGACAAAAGUACCUCAAUUGGCUCAAGAUUACACUGUACCCGCUUAUUUUCAAGACGAUUACUUUGCACUACUGGGAGAAGAUAAGCGACCCGAUUAUCGCUGGCUUAUUAUUGGACCGAAAAAGUCUGGUUCGAGUUUUCAUAUCGAUCCGAAUGCCACAAACGCAUGGAAUGGUGUAAUUCGUGGAGCCAAAAAGUGGAUUAUGUUUCCUCCUGGUAAUGUUCCGCCUGGUAUUCAUCCUAGUGAAGAUGGUGCUGAAGUGUCUUCGCCCAUCUCCUUGAUGGAGUGGUUUGUAACAUUUUACAAAGACGUACAGAAGUUACCUCCUCAUUUAAAACCUGUGGAAGGAAUAUGCAAAGAGGGCGAGAUCGUAUUUGUUCCCCAUGGUUGGUGGCAUACUGUGCUCAACAUUGAUGAGAGCAUUGCGAUUACACAGAACUUUGUAAGCGCAAAUAACGUGAAAAAUGUAGUCAGAUUCUUAAAAGAGAAACCAGAACAGGUUUCCGGUUGCUCAAUAGAGCAGCGCUCGAAGCUGAGUAGUACAUUUCAAGAUGUGUUAUCAAAAAACUUUCCUGAUCUUCAUGCGAAUGUUGUGAGGGAAUUAAAGGAAGAAGAAGUGCGCAAGCAUCGAAAAUCAAAAUGGGAAAUGCUUAUGUGCGGAGAGCAUGAUAGCGACAAAGCAUCUUCUUCUUUAUCAAGCAAUAAUCUACUUUCAAAGGAAAGUACCUUCAGCUUCGGCUUCAAUUUUGAUUAA